GUUAACAGUAUCUAUGUCAAUAUGAUGUCUUUGAGCGUGACUGUGCUACUUGAUCGCUUCAUGUAAUUCCAAAUCGUUUUUAUUUGGCUAUUAAUGUAUUCUUUUAUUGUUUACGUGCAAUUUAUAUCGCUAGAAGAACCUUAAGAUUCGAUGCAUGUUUGCUACACUGACGCCCUAUGUUGCUAGGUCACAGCAUGUGGAGAAACGCGGUCAAGUCGUUUCUACGGCGAACCAAAGGACUCAAUGUACGAGUAAAUAUCCGUGGCUCAUGCAGCAGCAGAAGCGAGAAGAAGUGGAUCAUGCCCGAUGGAUUUGACACAGGAUUAAAGACUUUCAACAGCCUCACCAAACAGAAAGAGCCCCUGAUUCUGGCUCGAGAGGGAGUAGCCACAUGGUACAGCUGUGGUCCCACCGUGUACGACCACGCCCACUUGGGCCACGCAUGUUCAUACGUCAGAUUUGAUGUGCUACAGAGAAUCCUGUCCAGGUUGUUUGGCGUCACGGUCCUCCACGCCAUGGUCAUCACAGACAUUGAUGACAAGAUCAUCCAAAGAGGUUGGCAGGAGAACAUCUCACCCACCAUCAUUGCCAGAAUGUAUGAGGAGGAAUUCAAGAAGGAUAUGAUGUCAUUGAAGGUGAUUCCUCCUGCAGUGUAUGUAAGAGUCACUGAGAACGUGCCGCGAAUUGUGGCCUUCAUUCAGAGAAUCAUCGAGAACGGAAAUGCCUACGCCACAAAAGAAGGUGAUGUUUAUUUUGAUAUCCAGUCCAUUGGGGAUCGCUACGGCAAGUUUGGGGGAGCUGGGGAUUCUCAAGAAAGCGCCGGUAGCUCCAGUAAAAAAGAUGUGAGGGAUUUUGCUCUGUGGAAGCGAUCAAAACCUCAAGAACCACACUGGGACUCUCCUUGGGGCCAAGGAAGACCGGGGUGGCAUAUCGAGUGUUCCACCAUCGCAAGCUCAAUGUUCGGGAGUCAGCUGGAUAUCCACUCAGGUGGCAUUGACCUGGCUUUCCCUCACCACGAGAAUGAGGUGGCACAAAGCGAAGCCUAUCAUCAGUGUGAGCAGUGGGCCAAUUACUUCCUGCACUCAGGGCAUUUACACCUCAAAGGGAGUGCAGAGAAAAUGUCCAAAUCUCUGAAAAACUACAUCACCAUUAAGGAGUUCCUACAGUCUCACUCUGCCGAUGAGUUUCGGAUGUUCUGCCUCUUGACCAAAUACCGAUCAGCUAUAGAUUACAGUGACAGCAGCAUGUUGGAGGCGCGGGUCUCCCUGGCAACCAUCUCUACUUUCUAUAAUGACGCUCAGGCCUACAUAAAGGGUCAGCUGCAGUGUUUGCCCGUGCAAGACGCAUUACUCUGGGACAGGUUAGCUCAGACGAAAGCACGUGUGAUGACAGCCCUGGCUGAUGACUUUGACACCCCGAGAGCCAUGCAUGCCAUCACAGAUAUGGUUUACCAGGGAAACUGCCAGCUGCAGUCGGUUUCCACGGUUGCAGGAACAACCAGAAGUCCAGCAGUUUUUGGAGCCAUGAUGGCCUACAUAAGAGACAUUUUGGACGUCUUUGGGAUCGACCCCUUAGAUAACAAGGACGCGGAGACCAUAAGCCAAUCGGGAAGCUUACAGGCUGUUGUCGAGCAGCUGUCUCAAUUCCGAAGUCAAGUCAGAGCCUUCGCCCUCGCCCGUCAGUCAAGCACGUCUGAGAAGUUUCCAGAAGCACUUUAUCCAGACAGAAUCCCGCUCCUUAAAGCAAGUGACGAUUUGAGGAAGAACCUGGCACCGCUUGGGGUGCUUAUAAAAGAUCGAGGAGGCAACUCCACUUGGGAGCUAACGAAAAGAGCACCAGAACUGACAGACAAGAUGAAACCCAGCACAGACAAAGCAGUCAGCGGAUGAAUGGAUUCAAGCAAAUUUCUGAUUUAAAAAAAAAUAAUAAAAUGAAAUUGUUUUUAA